AUUCGGCUUUCAAAAUGCCAUAUCCUGUGCCUCCUCUUAUUGAUUUCCAGCAGCAUCUCAGCCGUUUUGCAUGGUGGAAAGCAUAACGUCCAGAACGUGCUCGCCCCCCCUCUUUGCCUACAGCUGUGCGUGUAGAUGUUCUCUGUCUUUCACAGGAAAGGAGGCAGGACAUUCUUGGGCGUCUCUAGGACACUGUAGCUUUGCCUCCCUUCCAUUCAUUGUAUUUGCAAAACUAUUUACAACCCCGCCUUCACUCCUCCCCCAUUGCUCUGGUGGAAAGUGAAACUGAUUUUUGUAAUCCUCGGCUUCUACACAGCAACUAAAAAAAGAUUAUUUUCCAACUCAAAGAAUGCCCAGUUGUUUUGUGAAAUCGUGCUCCACAAACACGAAAAAUGCGACUAUCACACUGCAUGCUUUUCCACGCAAUAGAGAGAGAAUCAAAACCUGGCUUGAAAAAAUAAACAUUCCAAUCGAAGAAAUUGAAUCGUUGAUAGAAACUAUUUAUAAAUCUAAUUUAUGGACAUUCAAAGUUUGUUCAAAACAUUUUUCAGAAAAUGAUUAUGAACUAAGAGGCACAAAAAAACUUCUGAAGAGGACUGCUUAUCCUUCUCUGCUAUUAGAAAAAACAGGAAAAAGGUUUCAAGUUGAGUUUGAACACAACUAUUCAAAACGUCGAAAAAUAGAAAAUGCUAUGCCUUCACAAACUUCAAAAAAUGUAUUAGAUAUGAGCUCUGCGUCAAAUCAAACAUCAACAGAAUCAAGGGAUUGUGUAUCAAAAGUUAGUGACUGUGAAAUGCUAAUGCAUCAAUCUGCGGACUCUGAAUUGGUUGACAAUGUAUUUUUAAGUUCAAAUGAUAAUGAACCUACUGAAAUGAUUGAUCUAUUAGCGAAUCAAGUCGAAAUAACAAUUAGCAGUUCAAAUUCUUCACUUUCUCAAAAAAUCAAGCAGAAACCCAGAUGUAAAAUCGUUCAUCGAGGUAUCCAAUGUCACCUUAAAAAUAUAGUAAAACAAAAGAAAAUACAGGUAUGCAUACCUUUGCCAACAGUCUCUGUUGCUAUACAGUGUUCAUUGGUUGAAUUACCUGAAUUGACUCUUUUACCAACAUUAAAGACUAGUAUGUUUGAAUUUUUGAAUAUUGAAAAAAAUAAUGAUGAUUUUCUGCAAUCAUCGUUUUCAGAAAAUGUGAACCUACAAACAAAUUUAGAAUCUGAGAAAUUCAAACAACUUGAUGUUCCUAAAAUACAUCAUGAUCCAAAUGUUUUUGUUCUUGGAUUAUCACAAAUUAAAACUACAUUACCGGAAAAUGUUACAUUGGCUGAUAACGAAGACAUUUCAUUCACUACACCCCAAAAAAAAAAGGAUAAAGACCAAUCUUAUCGUCCAUCUGAAGAAGAGGAGGAAAUGUAUUGUGAAGAAUUGGAGGAAGAACAUUUAAAAUGUGAUCUAUCUGAACCGGACCUAUCGUUUUUAGCUGUUCACGAACAGAAGGAACCCGCCAAUGUGUCAAUCCAGAAUACAUUUUUGGUUUUUGAAGGAUGCUUAGAUCAAUUAUUGAUGCGAUCUCCUUGCUUACAAGAUCAAACUUGCACGGGGAGUAUAAUUGCUCUAAAAAAAAAUAUUAAAGGCUCUGCAUUAAUUGUGCAUGCAGAGUGUAGUCAACACCACAAAUUCAAAUUGUGGCAAAGCCAGCCAUUAUUAGGGCGAAUUCCAGCUGGAAACUUGAUGAUUUCAUCCGCAAUAGUUUGCAGUGGAUCAAACUAUUUGAAGAUUAAAAAUUUUCUUUCAAUGUUAAAAAUGUAUAGCAUUUCUGCAACUACACAUUACAACAAUCAAAAAAAAUACAUAUUCCCAACUAUUGAACAUCAUUGGUUAACAGAACGAACCAAAAUUAUUAAAAAAAUUGGUGUAAAUACUGUAGCAUUGAUUGGUGACAGCCAAUGUGAUUCACCUGGCUUCAAUGCAAAGUACUGCACCUAUACGUUGAUGGAUGCAGAAACAGAUUGCAUUAUAGAUUUUCAAGUGGAACAACUGCAAACUGGUCGUACAUCCGUUUCACUCGAAAAAUUGGCAUUUGUCGAGGCCUUUGAGCGUGUUUUAAGGGAUCAGGUGAAGGUAAAAAUCAUUGCAACCGACAGACAUGUCUCCAUAAGAAAAAUAAUAAGGGAGAAAUAUCCAACAAUAAGGCAUGAAUUUGAUGUUUGGUAUAUGGCAAAAUCAAUUGGUAGGAAAAUUAUAGCUGCAAGCAAAAAAAGCGACAGCAAGGAACUUUCUGGCUGGGUUUCUUUAGCCAAAAAUCAUUUAUGGUGGGCAUCAAGUACUUGUCAGGAUAAUACAAAUCUGCUUCAAGAAAAAUGGCUGUCAAUGAGUUUUCAUGCAUCAAAUGUACAUGAAUGGCAAGGAAAUGGCCUAUACCAUCGUUGUUCUCAUCCGCCAAUACCUACCGAUGAACAGAGGCAAUAUGAGUGGCUUGGACAAGGAUCUACAGCUCACCACAACUUAAAUGACAUCAUUCAAGAUCAGAGAUUUUUAAAGGAUCUUCCUCAUAUUUCUGGUUUUUACCAUAGAGGUGAGAUUGAAGUUUUUCACAGUAUGGUUUUAAAAUAUAGAUCGAAACGGCACCACUUUUCAAUGGACGGCAUGGUUGCCAGAACACAACUUGCUGCACUCGACCACAAUCGCAACAUAAACCGCUUGCAUGCAGUUGUUCAGAAACCCCAAAAAAAUUCUGAAAAAAAGGGUGCUUUGCAUUAUUGUUAUGGCUUUAGCAAGACAAAAAAAGACUGGGUUGUAGGCAAAGUAUAUAAACCAACUAAUCAAUCAUUUGUGAAAGAGAUCAUCAGAGAUGUCAUUGACCAUGCCGCCGGAUUAAUUUUUUUUUAGCUGGCAUUAGAGACCGGUUAAUGUUUCACAAAACAUUGCGGCAUUUCCACGUCCAGAAAAAAACAAAAUGCUCUCUAAAUAUCUCGUUUUGACUGAAAACAAAAAUACUUUUUUUGUGGUUAAUUUAUUGAAUAUAAAAUUAGUCUGUAUAAAUAGAAUAUCUUUCUUUAUCUGUUGUAUUUGUAUGUUUAUUUAAAAAAAAAUAAAAAAUUUGAAAUGGAAGUUGUAAAAAAUAAA